UGUAUUAAACCGGUUGCUUUAGCCUUGAUGAGCAAACAACAUGCUGUAGUACUGGGAUUUAGCAACAGGAUGCGACUCCCAUUCAGGUUUGAGAUCCUGCAUGUGAUUUUUGAAGCUAAGCACUAAUGGCAAGGUCGAGGGUGCUGGAAGCUAGGGCGCCUCGAUUGUUAAGCGGAAGGGUGCGUCGUAGAGGCUAAUGUCUGAAAAGGCAGCUGCCCGACGGGCCUUGGAGGAAUGCUCUAGCAGAGGGAGCAAGAAAAUCCUGGAUCGGGCCGCGCCGCAUCUCAUCUGCACUAGCCUCUUCCUUUUCGGGAGCGUCAUUUGCGAGACAGUGGGAUCAUGCGGCAGUACCAAGGCUAUGUCAGGGUGCUGGCUCCUUUCUGCAUCCUGGUCCUCUUCCUUCUGCUCACGCUCACUGCUUCCUACAAACCCAUCAUUGUUGUCCAUGGCCUGUUUGACAGCCCGUCUGAAUUCCAAAUCCUAAAGGACUUCAUCAAUGAGACCCACCCGGGGACCAACGUGACCGUUGUUGACUUGUUUGAUCGCUCAGCGAGCCUGCAGCCUCUUUGGAAGCAAGUCGAGGGGUUCAGGCAAGCUAUUCAUCCCAUUAUGCAGAAUGCUGGCAGUGGAGUCCAUCUCAUCUGCUACUCACAAGGAGGACUCAUUUGCCGUGCGCUCCUUUCCACGAUGCCAGAUCACAAUGUGGACACUUUCAUUUCUCUCUCUUCUCCACAAAUGGGGCAGUAUGGUGACACCAAAUACCUGAAAUGGCUCUUUCCCCAGCAUGUGAAAUCCAACCUGUAUCGUUUGUGCUACACACAGUUCGGCCAGGAUUUCUCUAUCUGUAACUACUGGAAUGAUCCACAUCAUCGGGAUCUUUACCUCAACAGCAGCAACUUUCUGGCUCUGCUGAAUGAUGAGAAACUCAAUCCCAAUGCAACAGAUUGGAAGAAGAACUUCCUCCGGAUUCGGAAGAUGGUUCUUAUUGGUGGCCCAGAUGAUGGAGUCAUCAUGCCAUGGCAGUCCAGUUUGUUUUCCUUCUAUGAUAAAAAUGAGACAGUGACGGAAAUGCACUAUCAGCCGGUCUACCUUGAGGACACCUUUGGUUUGAAGACCCUGGAUGCUCGUGGCGACAUUGUUUUCUAUACAAUGCGAGGUGUUGCUCACACGUUCUGGCACUCCAAUCGCACGGUCUAUGACACUUGCAUUGCCAAAUGGCUUACGUAGCUGGCAGGAGCCUGGGAAGAUGCUGGCGAAGGAGAGAGUCUGAAAUGGAGAUGCGCUACAUUACCUCGUCUUGGCAUUUCUCCUUCCAGAGAGAAGAACCCUUUUCUGUUACCUGUAGCUUUUCUAGGAUGGUUGCGAUUUUCUUUCAUAGUGGAAGAAACCUUUUUCCUGCAGGAAUUGGCGGGGGGUUGGGGGGUUGGGCUGGCAGGCACUGGGGGAGAAGGGUUUCAGGGUGCUGCAUGCGGGCAUGGCUCUUCCCUCUUUUGUCGGGUCUGAGCUAUAGAAAAGCAACCGCUGGGUUUGUUUUCCAUUGCAAAGAAAAGCUGCAAAAGGACAAUUCAGCAGUUUACGAUGUUUGAGAAAGGAUGGCAGAUUUGGAAGGCGCUGAGUUUGGCAAAGAGACUGAAAACAAGGAAACAUGGUUACAUUUAAAUGUAAUCAAAGUCAGAGUUCCUAGCUCCAAAACUGUGGCAGAAGUCUAUGACAUGCUGAAACUGGCAAAACUCUCUUUGAGAUUUAGAGCCCUGAAAACUCUGAAUUCUCUUGCUGAAAAUGUCUUUUAAAUUGGAGGUCUUUCUUAAAUGUUUCACGUUCUGGCAAGAAAAACCCCAAUCCUCUGUUUUUAAAAGGUUUGGAGCAGAGAUUUCCAGAAAUGCCUGUGAAAACUAGUUCAGAGAAAGCUUUGAUAAGCUUGUGCAAUUUUGUCUUAUAGAACUAGCGUUUUCUGCUCAAAUUCUUGCUUUGAUGUUUCAACAGAGAGAAUGAACCCAUUGGCAUCCUUUUCCAUCAUGACAUUUUCAAAAUUAAUGGCAAAACCGUCACCACAGAACAAUCAAUCACUGUAAUUGUUCUGACUUAAAAUACCCACCCCCCAUCUCUUUGCACAACAAAGCUGGGAGGAACCCAGGAUUUUUCUUUAAUCCAAUAAUCGAUCAAAAUCAGUGCGUUAAACUGUUGACUGAAUCUAAAGGCUAUAAACCUGUAGACUAGAAGCAAACUUUAAGAAUCUCAGGAUGAAAACAGAAAAUAAGUUAAGAUAGAGAAUCUUCAUAACUUGCUCUAACUUCUGGACUUGGGAGAUAUUUGUUUACUAAUAUGUACCUAAACCAAACAUUGACAAAAGAUGGUUGCUAGCUGGCUUGGGAGAGCUUCUGCUAGGGUAGCCCUAAUUUGGAGGGAAAACGUCAGAGCUUCACCAUUAAAAGUAUUAGCCUUUUAUUUUCACCAGAUGCAAUAGGCCAUAUGUGAUAGGACUGGGAUUUAACUUUAACCUCAGAAUGGAGUAUGAAAAAGGAAAUUACUGGAAUACAAGAUCAGGUGCCAUUUAAUCUGAGCUAGGUGAGUUUUUGGGAAGAUCUCUGAUGGGACACUUCCUCUGAGAAAUAAGGAAUAUGGGCAGAUGAUCUGCACAAUAAGGCAAUCCAAUUCUGGACUGCACCACCAGUGAGGUGAAUGGGUCAUAUUUUGGAAGGUUUCCCCGCACAUUUAAAACAAACCAAAAAAUCCCUGCAUGUAAUAAACUAGACGGAAAGUUUUAGGGUAGCCCUUUCCCUGAUGAGCAUGUUUUAUCAAACAGGGAGCUGGUAAAGUGGGAAAACAUUCAGAAAUGUGACCCAGUCUGAAGCAGUGUUCUCUCUAAUUUUUUUUAAUCUGUGUGCGGGAUGAGUUUUGUUCUGGGCAGCAGUAUCAAGGCAGUGUGUGCACAUGUGCAUUCAGAGUGGGACCUUCCUGAUUAAACCUGAGCGGGGUCUAAAAUUAACUGAGCAGAUAUCAAAAAACGUGAGCGCGCACAUGCCUUAGAGGGAACACUGGUCUGAAAUGGUACCUCUCUGCAUUCUGCUACCUCAUUCUGUCUCUGAUAUGUAGAUUGGAUGCCUCCAAUUCAUUCUGAGUUUUUUCCCCCCUUUGGUAAGGUGUGGAUGGAAGUUGCAGCAUUUGUAGCUGAGUACAGACGGUCUGAGCUACUUGGGAAACACGGGCAACAUUCAGGCUUCACUAGGCAAGUUAAAUGCCCCAUAGGCUGCCUGAACUUGUUUUAGUUUUGCAAAACUAACUGAGAAGUUCAGUGCUUCACACUUCCUGUAAUGGCUGAACUAAUAAUUAGAGCUGCAGAUUCCUGCUGACCAGGCCAGAUGGUGAUGUAGUGUGGAAUGUUUUCAAGAGCAAAAUUGAGCUCUUUCUGCCACAGAGUUGUUGAUGGAAAGGUAAAUGCCCUGGGUGCCCAGUUGCUGUGAGGGUGCCCAGUUGCCCUUGCACCCUCCUGAUUCCCCUUAUUAUUAUUUAUUAUUAUUUAUUCGAUUUCUAUACCGCCCUUCCAAAAAUGGCUCAGGGCAGUUUACACAGAGAAAUAAAUAAGUAACAUAACAUAAAUCAAUAAGAUAGAUCCCUGUCCCCAAAGGGCUCACAAUCUAAGAAGAAACGUAAGAUAGACACCAGCAACAGUCACUGGAGGUACUGUGCUGGGGGUGGAUAGGGCCAGUUGCUCUCCCCCUGCUCAAUAAAAAGAAUCACCAUAUUAAAAGGUGCCUCUUUGCCAAGUUAGCAGGGGGAUAAUUCAGGCCCUUGGCAUGAAUAGCACUGCUUGAUUCUUGAGCAGUAACAUGAAGCUAUAUAUGCAGCAAUUUGCUGCUCUGCUUCAAGUGAAAACCACUUUGCACUGGGUUAGUGAACUUGGCAAGGGUUGUAAUGGGGUAGAAAUAUGGUAUGAAAAGCCUGAGGAAAGACAUGGAGCCCUGGUGGAUGCAGACACUCCAUUUUCUGGAACCUUCUACCAAUUUGGUCCAAGAUUUCUUCUUCCCUUCCACAGCUAUGAGGACUAGAGACUUGGUUUGUUUUUUUUAAGUGAGUGGAGCUCAAUAUUUAAUUAUUUUUGCACAGAAUACGAACAACUCUGUUUUUAAAGUGUGUCUGUAGAGUAAGAGUAAGAAAUUGGUACGUUCUUUGAUAUUAGAUGUGGAGAGGAUGGGAGUUUCUGGAGGGAUAUUAAAGCAAAGCAUGCCUCAAACAUUUUAUGGCACUCUGGAAUAAUCCACAAUACUUUAAAAAAGCCUAGUAUCUUGAAGCAGAGAGCAGCCUUCUCUGCUGAAAGUUCUGCCUGCAUACACACUACUUGAGCCAUACAGUAUAUGAGAGGCAUGGGAAGAAUAUGUGCAAAUGUGGUCAUAUCCUUACCCAUUUGCUUUGGUUUUGUUGGUUUUCAUUUUAAUAUUCUGCUUUUUAACAUAGGGUUCAUUUCAGAAAUGAGUUUGGAUUUGGAGGUGGGGUUGAGGACUAAGUGCAUAUUUACUCGGCAAACAAAAAUUGCUUUGGUGUCUCUUUAACAGUUCUAGACUCACACCCCACCCACCCCCGAAUCCUGGGAAUCUAAUGAGGGUGCUGACAAUUCCGAGUGAUCCCAACUCUGGGUUGCAGAAAUGGAACCCAAGUGUAGAGCGAAUGACUGUUGAGUUCUAUAUGGAUGUGACCUAAGAGGUUGAGCCAAAUGCACUGGAAUGUUCUUGCGACCAAUCACUGUGCCAGAAUGAUCAGGCUGGGAAGGCUUAUUGGCCCCCACAUCAGAAGCGUGAAUCCACUCGCAGCGCAGCAAAGCACGAGUGGAUGCAAAUUUAAAGGUCUGUUAAUGCAAAGUGCAAGGAAGUACUGUUACUGAGAGCAACCUUUCUGGGCAUGGUGCUGCAGAGGAGGAACAGGAUGGACACGUUCCCACGCUCCCCCCCCCACACUCUCACACACACACACUCUCUCUCUCUCUUACACACACACACCUCCCACUACCCUUUAUAUAGCGCACUCCCAAACCAAGAAUCUGAUCCCCAGAUAGGGGCAGGUUUGAUUCUCAAGGUCUGGGGUCACCAGGGACAAAAAUUAAAUAAAUGCAGGGCUAAAACCCCACAAAAGGGGUAUUUUGAGUUCACCCUUUCCUUUCUCUGUUCCUUCCUGUGAGGAAAAGCAAUGCAUGUCAAUGUAGUUUUGAAGUCUCCAUGAGAAGGAAUUUAUUUGGGUUUGUGUUAAUAUUCUGUUUUAGCUUCAGAUUCCAUCUUCAGAAAUGAGUUUGGAUUUUGAGAUGCAAAUAAUUAGAGGUGACGUUAGAAAUGUGUGCAUGAAAUGAAUGGAGAAUUGUGCAUCUUGUGGGGUGGGAGGCUUAUGUGGUGGCGGGGAGGGGGUCUGAUGAUAACUUUUUGGCCUCAAAACCAUUGUAUGGAUUGUAGUGGCAUAGCUUAUGUUUUGGAGGUUUUACUGUCAUCCACUUUAUAGUUCUGCAACAACAUAAAACACCACCACCACCCUG